GCAGAGGUUGGCGAGAUCUCGCGCAGGCCUCUCGCGAUUGUGUCCUAAACUUGUGUUGCCGUCCCCUUAGCCACGUCACCAGGCUACAGGGGUUGGAGUGGCCAGGCGCCUCACUAGAGCUAUCAGCAGCUCACGUGGUGACCGUGACGUCGAGCCGUCGCUGAAAGGCGCCGAACGUUGUUUACCGACGGCACGUCGCCGCGGCAGCUCUGCCUGCGCUGUCGAACACUGCGCACACGGAUACUGCGGCUUGGUGGAGCUGGGCUGCUGCUGCACACCGCUCUUGGACCCGACGUUCCGAGCCCGUGGCUGUAGCGACAAGAGCCGUCCAGAAUCCCGACGUGUUGUAGCGCAUCCCGCCGUAACAUUAUGAGCGGUUAUUACCCUCCGCCGCAGCAAAAGCAGGGCUAUCCUCAGUGAAGAGGGUCGACAACUGCCAGCCCGCUUCGGAGCUGCCCGCGUCUCCCGAGAUCAUGUCCGUGCCGGGCCAGUGCUGCAUCGAGUUGUGCCUUCCGCACUGGUGCCUGCUGAAGCUGCAGGGCUGGCGUUCCCGCUCCGCGGGGCCCUACCGCCUGCACGCUCCCAUACCCAAUGCCAUGCCAGGGGCUGUACCAGGGUCGAUGCCAUAUGACCCUCCACCACCCUACUCGCCAACUGCUCCGAACCAGUGUCGGACCGCACAGCCCGUGGAGCACCCGUCACGGCUGUAUCCAGCUCCUGGCCAGCUAUACCCUGUGCCAGCUCCAGGACCAUACCCAAUGGCCUCAUACCCACAGCAGCCAGGCCUGCCGCAGCAGACUGUGUACCACGUCCCAGAUGCCUUUGACGCUGGGGCCCGCUUCACGCACAGCGAGCCUACCAUUCCACCCCCUCCCCCUGGAGUUCCUCCAAAUGCUGCUCAGCUGGCUGCCAUGCAAGGCAACGCCGUAGUCGUGGGUCAAAAGAAGGGCAACUUCUGGACCACUGGUGCUGGAGGUGGCUACACCUUCUGGUAGAGGCCGACCACAGUGCACGGGAGCCUCCACCAAUGCUCCUGCUGCUGUGUCGACAGUUGCAACGUUGUCUCCUUUUAUUUCCCUUCAGAACAAGGAGAGCACCCUCAUGCAAGACUAUGGAACGACGUCUCCCAUGUCAGAGUUGAUUGACGCUCCAGUAUGCCCUUCUGGUGCUAGACUCACUAGAAAUGGUCUCCAGGUGCUGCAGUUGUUUUAUGGGAUUCUGAACACUCAAUGCUAAUGAUUUAGAAGUAGAAAACAGCACUCAUGAGUGAAUUUGAGUGAAUUUUCAUGAGUCUACAUGUCUGCUUAGACUCUACACGACAGCAGUGUAUUUCAUGUUCCAGCACAGAAUCGUAGAAGCCUGGAGGCCAGAUUUAGUGGUCUUGAACUGGAAGAUGGGCAGUUCUAGGGCAGAUUCCAGUACAGUAUGUGCUCUGCUUUAGUUGAGGUGCCAGCCUCAGCUAGCCCAGCCAGCAAUGGCAUAUUGUGAACAGUCUGUACUGCUCUGUUUGUCCUGGGACUCUUUGAUGACCUUGGGGAUUCUUCAAAAGAGUGUCGCAAUAUUGCAGCUUUCCCAUUUGUCUUGCAUGAUGUCUCAAUUUUUCAAUCCAUAGCAAUCGAGUAUGAAGAACAUCUUUUCACAGCUUACUUUUGACUAUACUUUGGAUAGAGAACAUGGAGUGGAGCCCCUUUAAGAAGCAGGAAAAGGUACAGCAUCAAUCAAGAAGUUUCUGAGUCUUAAAUAUUUGGCAUUUUGGUGUUGUUGCAUGACAUUUCUAUACGCAGGCCUCGUUACGAGUGACUACACCAAAAUGCAUGACAGGAAGUGGCUAUGUAACCCACCCAGCCAAAGAACUGUGCAUAUACUAGUGUUUCCAGUGGUUGUGACAUGUGUAGUGUUGCUGUAAAAGAAUGCAAGGCUCAAUUCUUUCAUGCAACACAAGCACAACACAGUCUCUGGAGGCAGUCCUGCGUAAAACUGGUAUAUUUUCUACAUUUCAUUACAAGGGAUGUUACUUCAUUCAUUGUAAUGGCGCUAACAGCACCCAGUUCGAAACACUUCAAGGUGACAUGUUGUUGCAUAUGACUUGUAAUGAUGAUCGGGAAAGCCUGAUUUGGCUUGCAAAUUGCACGGUUUGACGACAAGGAUGGUCAAGGAGAUUUUUGCCUGGUGCUGUAAAAGACUCCUUGCAGUUUGGUCUAGUGUAUGACUCUGAUUCAGUCCAUAUGAGGUAAAGAGGUCACAGGAAAAGACUUCAGCUGAUAAACACUAAGCAUACAGGGAAAGCUGCAGUCCAGAGCCAGGCUUGUCUUGUUCCUGCUGGACUAAGGCUUCCCUCUAUUGGCCACUUUCAAUUGAUUCAGUCCAUUUUUGACAAACCUGUGUGACGGUUGAAAUGUUGCAAUUGGCACUGAGAAGUUUCAGAAACUGUGUCAUUUUAGUACUGGUUACGAUGUCUCAGUCCUGGAUUACCUAAUCGCCAACUAGCUCAGCUCCUUUCUCUAGUUUUGUCACAACACAGCAAAAGCAAAGGAAGGGCUCACCGUGCUGUAAUUUUAGGUCCCCUGUCCCUCCCAAGCCUGCCAUUUUUCACUUUAGCUGAAAGGAAAUGAAAUUUCUGGCAAAGACAAGCAGCAGUGCUGUGACAGCAGUUAAAGUAGUCUUGUUGAGGACAAGCUAUUAUUGUAGAUGUUAAAAAAUUAGAGUUGUUUAAAGGAGACCGUUGUGGUUCACUGAAUCCUCAACCUUCAGUGAGAGUGACUUGGCACUUGUUUGGCUGUUAUUGAAGUUCCUCGUUUCAGUUACAUAUGGGACGGUGUUCUGCGUCUUGUGUACGGCACAGCAUGUAUGCAUUUGACCUCAUCAGCUUUCAACACUAAGUAGCACACGAGUGAACAAUCAUAUUCACAUUGCUCACGUUUCUGCUUACCUGAUCUGUAUAGACAUGCAGUGGAGUUUGGGGCCAAAUGGAAAUGGGGCUGUGUCAAGAAUUAAUGCUGUCAAGUAAACUGUAGUGAGGACCAAAAAAAUUUGGCUAAAAUAAAAACUAAACAAGAAAAGCUUACUCUCUUUCAACUUGUCCACAUACCAGAAAUUCUUUGCCCUUCCAAAAACGCAUGUCCAAUGCCCAUGUCGUCAUGUCAAGAUGUAUUUAUUACAUAUUUGGUAUAUCAUCAUUGCUGGCUCACAGGAGAUCUUGCAGCUGUACCACUUCAAAUGACUGUAUCACGUCCAACACAUUAGCCUCGGAGUUUCUCGGAAGGAGUGCAAAGAUGACCCAGUGCCAUUUCGCAUGGCUUGCAUCCCACCCAGUACUAGAACACUAAAUGCAAUAGCUUCAUUGGUUAGCUUUAAGCACAUGACACUUUGAGUGUGUACUAUAUAGUACCUGCAUAGUGCAAAACCUUGGAUCUUGUUGCUUUGUACUAGACAAUGUGUGCUAGAACUGUGGUGAUGUUGCACAGGGGUUAAAGGGAAGAGAAAUUAUAAGUUAAGAAAUUAUAAGAAAUGAGCUAGACUCCUAGAGUGAUGGAUUUACAUGCUGGAAUAGCAUGUGGAUUGGUUUUAGUGGAAGCAGAAACUUUGUAAGCCAGAAAUUAUGCAAGAACAAGAGAGAGGUGGCGAUGCCACCUUGCAAUUCUAAUACCAGCUUCCUGUGACAUCAUGGAUUUUGAAUCUGCUCUAAAAUAGUUAAUUGUAUAUCAAGGAUGGUUACAUUGUGUUCUGAAGUGUGCAGCAAAAGUGGAGUCUGGGAGGUCUUCAAAAAUUUUGCAGCAGGAGAAUGACCCAUAGUUUUAAAUGCUUUGAAACCUUUGAUAUAAAACUGUUGUCACUGGUGCUGUGCUGCGAGUGUGAAAUGAAGACAGGAAAUGUUUGGCUCCGUUUUCUUCUUUAAUAAUUGUACCAAUAUUUUCCCAAAAGAAGUGCAAUGAGACCUUUGAAAUAAUGUUCCAGCAUUCUAGAUUGACUCAGUGUUUUGCUUUAUUGCCUGUUUAAUAUUUGUCUAGCCAUGCCACAGAUACUGUGGUAUUCACGAAUAAUACCAGCAGGAACUAGACCAAAACAGUCGGACAACUUACAUAAAUUACUGUUUUUGCACUAGAGCACCCCGCUGAAGGUGCAGUAGACCCUGUGAGGAAUUCUCUGAGCAGGAUUCCCUGAAGCACAUCUCUCGCUGCACACAACAAAAAUGGCUAGCUAUAUUAUACUGCUUAAUUUGAGCUGACCACAUAUUGACUCAAAGCACUGUGCUUCACAUGCAUUUCAAGCAGAAGUUUGAUCAGACUUAUCAUGUCACUGUAGGCGUGUAGCAAGGGAAGCCUGUAGAAUUUUACUUGAGCAUUCUUGCACAUAUGUUAUGCUACACAACUUGGUGUUGCCUUUUUCUUUCGUAUGUUCCACAGUGCAUCCUUUUCGUGAUCCCUUGCUCACAGCAUAGAGAUGAACAUAGGCAUUUGCUAGAGGAACAUAACUUCCUGCCAGUGUUAUUGCUCUUGCUCGACUACUCAUCGGCAAUUUCAUCAGCUCAUGUUUGUUAGCUAUAUACAAGCCAGCUGCAAAUAUACCAAAAAUCUCAGGUGGAGCCAUUCAAGGAUAUUGUCAGAAAUGAACAAAUGCGAAAUUGUGGCUUAUUUUUUCUGCUUCCUUAACUGGAAACUGUUUCUAACUUACCUAGUCUUUCACAGCCAUCUAUCUGUGAGUUCUACAAAAUAUAAGAUGCUAUGAGGUAAAUCUGUUACCCAUUCAGCAGCCUUGGCAAGGCCCUUGCCUUCCUUGAAACUGCUGUGCAUAUACCUAUGUCCAAUCAUUCCAAACCAAGCCUGCCAACACUACCAGCAAAGAGCUGCACAUUGCACUUAGUCUCAGUCAGUGUCACUCACUGACACUGAUACAGUGCUUUAAAGGCCUGGAAAUAGCUUAAUGGCUUCUGAUACCCAAGAAGAAGCACAGUUCAAGAAAAAAAAAAACUGUAUACUGUGCAUUUUUAUUCUUGCAAAUAAGGAAACAUUGGUUCAUAGCUAGCAUCCUUUUGAUUUGUUGCCCUUUAUUUCACUACACAACUAACAUUCCUAGGUCAGAAGCAAGCACAAGUGGUGGAAAGGGAAAUUAAUAGGCAUCAUGUUGAGAGAUGGAAGAGUAGUAUGGAUUGGCAAACAAAUGAGAUUUAAUGAUAUCCUAACAGAAAUCAGAAGAAAUAGCAGGGCAUGCACUGGAUAGGGCACAUAUGUGGCAGCUGUUAGAGAAACAAAAUGGCAACCAAGUGAUGGGGGAACAGUGUCUAGGCAGCAAGAAAUUUGUUAGAGCGAUGAGAUGUAUAGAAUGCACAUGGCUGGAGUGAAACGUGCACAAUGUAAGCUGUGGGAGAGGCUUCUAUUGAGCAGUAAAUUGUCGUGCUGUAGGCUUUUAUGAUGAUGACAAGGAAGAUUCAUCAUCAUCAUCAUCAUCAGCCUGGUUACGCCCACUCCAGGGCAAAGGCCUCGCCCAUAUUUCUCCAACAACCCCGGUCAUGUACUAAUUGUGGCCACGCCGUCCCUGCAAACUUCUUAAUUUCAUCCGCCCACCUAACUUUCUGCCGCCCCCUGCUACGCUUCCCUUCCCUAGGGAUCCAGUCCGUAACCCUUAAUGACCAUCGGUUAUCUUCCCUCCUCAUUACAUGUCCUGCCCAUGCCCAUUUCUUUUUCUUGAUUUCAACUAAAAUGUCAUUAACUCGCCUUUGUUCCCUGACCCAAUCUGCUCUUUUCUUAUUCCUUAACGUUACACCUAUCAUUCUUCUUUCCAUAGCUCGUUGCGUCGUCCUCAAUUUGAGUAGAACUCUUUUCGUAAGCCUCCAGGUUUCUGCCCCGUAGGUGAGUACCGGUAAGACACAGCUAUUAUAUACUUUUCUCUUGAGGGAUAAUGGCAACCUGCUGUUCAUGAUCUGAGAAUGCCUGCCAAAUGCACCCCAGCCCAUUCUUAUUCUCCUGGUUAUUUCCGUCUCAUGAUCCGGAUCCGCCGUCACUACCUGCCCCAAGUAGGUGUAUUCCCUUACGACUUCCAGUGCCUCGCUGCCUAUUGUAAAUUGCUGUUCUCUUCCGAGACUGUUGAACAUUACUUUAGUUUUCUGCAGAUUCAUUUUUAGACCCACUCUUCUGCUUUGCCUCUCCAGGUCAGUGAGCAUGCAUUGCAAUUGGUCCCCUGAGUUACUAAGCAAGGCAAUAUCAUCAGCGAAUCACAAGUUACUAAGGUACUCUCCAUUAACUUUUAUCCCCAAUUCUUCCCAAUCCAGGUCUCUGAAUACCUCCUGUAAACAUGCUGUGAAUAACAUUGGUGAGAUCGUAUCUCCCUGCCUGACGCCUUUCCUUAUUGGGAUUUUGUUGCUUGCUUUAUGGAGGACUACGGUCGCUGUGGAGCCGCUGUAGAUAUCUUUCAGUAUUUUUGCAUACGGCUCGUCUACACCCUGAUUCCGUAAUGCCUCCAUGACUGCUGAGGUUUCGACAGAAUCAAACGCUUUCUCGUAAUCAAUGAAAGCUAUAUAUAAGGGUUGGUUAUAUUCCGCACAUUUCUCUAUCACCUGAUUGAUAGUGUGAAUAUGAUCUAUUGUUGAGUAGCCUUUACGGAAUUCUGCCUGGUCCUUUGCUUGGCAGAAGUCUAAGGUGUUCCUGAUUCUAUUUGCGAUUACCUUAGUAAAUAGUUUGUAGGCAACGGACAGUAAGCUGAUCGGUCUAUAAUUUUUCAAGUCUUUGGUGUCUCCUUUCUUAUGAAUUAGGAUUAUGUUAGCGUUCUUCCAAGAUUCCGGUACGCUCGAGGUCAUGAGGCAUUGCGUAUACAGGGUGGCCAGUUUCUCUAGAACAAUCUGUCCACCAUCCUUCAACAAAUCUGCUGUUACCUGAUCCUCCCCAGCUGCCUUCCCUCUUUGCAUAUCUCCCAAGGCUUUCUUUGCUUCUUCCGGCGUUAUCUUUGGGAUUUCGAAUUCCUCUAGACUAUUUUCCCUUCCAUUAUCGUCGUGGGUGCCACGAUAAUGGAAGGGAAAAUAGUCUAGAGGAAUCUUCCUUGUCUAGAGACAAGGAAGAUUAUGAGGAUUAAAUUUCUAAUCAACUUCUCACCUUCUUCAAUUUCCUCCUGCUCUUUCAUCAACAGUAAAGGCAAGUAAGAAAGGUGAUUAGAGUUUUUUUUUUUUUUUCAUACAUUCGUAUUUGUGUCAGCGGGCAGGUAUUUGUUUUUCUUUUUUUCAUAUUUAUAAGUACCCCGUGCUUGCUGUUGUAUAUCGUGCAAAAAAAAAAAACAUGACCGUCAGUUUGUCAUCUGUUUUGCUAAGUGAGUGUCAUAGAAGACGCUCAUUUGUAAAGAGCACUUCAUGCAUGGUAGGGCUUUGCAGUCAGGAAGUGCUAAUGAAUUUUUAACAUUCCUUCUUCUGGUGCCAUAGAUAUUACUCCACAAGAGUAUCUCAAACAUGAGAUGCAGUCUGCACACAUAUUGUGUCGGGUAGUUUUAAAAGGCAUUUUCCUACAUUCUUGGCUGGUUAGCACUUGUAUAUUGUGUUGAUGUAGGUUUACUCUCACUAGCACUGCAUUCAGUGGUGGCAGCUGGGCAAUUUGUUUGCAGAAUUCUACGUUAGCUGUGCAUCAGCUAUGCAGCAGCUAUACAGAAUGACCAGUGGAGCAAUAUUUUCAGUCGGCCUUCAGGACUGAAGCUUUAGUUUUUUUGCCUCAUGAACAGCACGGUCAAGUUGAUCCUGAAUAUUGUUUACUCAUGCCAGAGUAAGCAAUAUUCAGGAUCAACUUGACCAUGUAUCCUGCUACCAUCUAACGUGAUCUUCCAACAGCAUGCUGUUCAUGAGACAAAACUAAUAGCUCAGUCCUGAAGGCCGACUGAAAAUAUUGCUCCACUGGUCAUUCUAUAUAGUUGCUGCAUAGUCGAUGCACAGCUAAUGUAGUAAUAUAUGUGACUCGUAGACUAUUAGCUCGAACAGUGUGUGGUACUAUCAUGGGUAAUUGAAGCAGAAACCAGUUAAAGCCAACUAGAAUGCAUUUUUUUCGUUCCCGCUUUCAUCGAUUCGUGCAUUGUUGGCAUGAUUUUCAUUUCCGUGCUUAUAUUCAGGAAUACCCCUACUUUGGCGACUGCAUAUGUAGUCGUGCAAAUUUAGUCUUAAGUUUACUCAUUACCUGUGAGAGGUGUUCUGGUCCACACUUUACUGUCAAUGUUUUACUGGACCACGAUAGUACAGACCGUUGGUGAAAACAGCUUUCCACCAAGGCUGGUUUAUAGCUGAUUUCCAACAAUUCAUUUCUGCUCAGUUUUGUCAUUGCUAAACACAACAGAUGGAAGUAGGCUGAUGCUUAGACCAGUGGGUGGUCCACACUUUACUGUCAAUGUUUUACUUGACCACGAUAGUACAGACCGUAGGUGAAAACAGCUUUCCACCAGGGCUGGUUUAUAGCUGAUUUCCAACAAUUCAUUUCUGCUCAGUUUUGUCAUUGCUAAACACAACAGAUGGAAGUAGGCUGAUGCUUAGACCAGUGGGUCCCACCAUGAUCAACAUAAACGUGAGAGUGCACUUUGUGCCACAAAUGGUUUCAUGCAUUAGAGACACCUGCUGUGCUAAGCAGAACUUAGUUUUGCAUUAAUUAAAAUAGAACCGAGAGCGUUUUCUGUUAAUGCUGAUGUUGCUAAUUGUUUGUUUUGGAUGUAUAUUUGGGGUCUCGGCCAAGAAAACAAAUAAGCCUGGACGUCGGCAUAUGUGACCUGUAGUCCUAUGAGUGUUGCGAGUUUUUCCAGGUUUAUGCCAGACCCGAAACAGACUAUGUUGCUGAAUGGGCAGACUGUACAGAAAACCUACAGAAUUCACCAGAAAUAUUGCUUGGCAUUGCUUGUGCACCCGAGCAACAUGUGUUUUCAUGUGUGCUCAGAACACACUCACGAAAUGCACAAUAUGCAGGCAGCUUUGCAGAAAAGUGUUUUGUGCUGCUCGUGCUGCACCCAAUGUCGACAUAUACACGAUCAAAAAUAAUUAGAUGUAUCAUCUGCCAUUCUUUUGUAGUUAUUUGCUGUUAGCACUACAGACAUAGGUUCUUGGAGAUAAAAGAAAAAAAAAAAAGAAACCACACUUGCCUGUUUUCUCUUUGUCCUUUAAGGAUUUAACACUGGCUGGGUUCUGCAGAGUGCAUUUCUCAUAGUUUGUUCCGUGCUUGGGGAUGCUGCAUCAUAUCCUCUGUAUCAUCCUGGGUGUUUCUUUAGCUUUUGUUAGGUAGAUGCUGCAUGUUUUUACUCACUGUUAAAGUAACGUGGCGGGUAUACGCACAAUGCUAGAGCUACGUAUAUUGUUAAGUUGCAACCGCUCAAAUUUAAAUCUCUUUUUGGUUGUCUUCAAGAUGCAGCAGAUCUUAAAAAGGCCAGGACAUAAGCCACAGCAGAGCACAGGUUUGGCUCCCGGUUUCAUCUUUAGCGAACCCAUAAUCCAUUUACAAGAUAGCUGUGUACAGAGUAGUUCAGAAAUGUGCAUGAUGCACAAAGUGGCACCAGCUGAGAUUGCACUCGAGAUCAAAAUCGGAGGACACAAGUGGGUGUGGUAUGAAACAUUUCUGGUGUACUUUUACAUUCUGGGCGCUCUAGAUGCAAAGAGUGGUGCCACGUUUGGCAUAUCUGUCAUGAGCCCUUGCUGUUCCCAUUGAUUGUUGCUGCGGGCCUGUCGUAUUUCCUCUAACCGGUUUAUUGCACCAUUUGAUGAGGGGAAGAAGGCCGCCUGCCGUGAUACUGCGCUGCUUAAUUGUGUGUGAUUCGAGGCCAAUCAGAGAUGUGUUUGCUUUUAUUGGGUAAAGGUCAAAGCUAUUGUCUCAGUCUGUUCAAUAAAAAUUGUUUAUUGUGAUUGA